GGUGGCAAACCAGAGCAGAUCCGUGAAUCCGACCGGAGGAUUGAGGCUAAAGCGUCUGUAGCUAACAGCUACCUUACUAUUGUAUCCGCCCCACUUUGGGGUGUUUUCGGUCAUUGUUCUACCAGUGUUGCCGAAGGCUGGCCUUACAAUCCAAACAUGCAGAAAUAUGAAAAGCUUGAAAAAAUUGGAGAGGGUACUUAUGGGACCGUUUUCAAGGCUAAAAACAGAGAAACACACGAAAUUGUGGCUUUGAAACGGGUCAGGCUGGACGAUGACGACGAGGGGGUGCCAAGUUCUGCUUUGAGAGAAAUAUGUCUUCUGAAAGAAUUAAAGCAUAAAAACAUUGUCAGAUUACAUGAUGUGCUGCACAGUGACAAGAAAUUAACCUUGGUUUUUGAAUACUGCGAUCAGGACUUGAAGAAGUAUUUUGACAGCUGCAAUGGUGAUCUUGAUCCAGAAACUGUAAAGUCGUUCAUGUACCAGUUGUUGAAAGGCCUUGCUUUCUGUCACAGCCGGAAUGUUCUUCAUAGAGAUCUGAAGCCGCAGAAUCUCCUCAUCAACAGAAAUGGGGAAUUAAAGCUUGCAGACUUCGGUUUGGCCCGAGCAUUUGGCAUUCCUGUGAGGUGUUACUCAGCAGAGGUGGUGACAUUAUGGUACCGACCUCCAGAUGUGCUUUUCGGUGCUAAACUGUAUUCUACCUCUAUUGACAUGUGGUCAGCUGGAUGCAUAUUUGCAGAGCUAGCUAAUGCUGGGCGGCCUUUAUUUCCUGGCAACGAUGUGGAUGACCAGUUAAAAAGAAUCUUCAGGUUGUUGGGUACUCCGACUGAGGAACAGUGGCCGACAAUGACGAAGCUUCCCGAUUAUAAGCCAUAUCCCAUGUAUCCAGCCACUACAUCUCUUGUAAAUGUGGUUCCCAAACUAAGUAGCACAGGACGAGAUUUACUGCAGAACCUGUUGAAAUGUAAUCCUGUCCAGAGGAUUUCAGCAGAAGAGGCCUUGCAGCACCCUUACUUUGCUGACUUUUGCCCACCCUAAAUGCUAAAUUGCCUCUCACUGAGCCGCAGCCACACGAAUCAAUCAUCCUUCACUCUUGUUUGGUCAUUAGGACCGAUUCUCAACAAGGCAAAUCCCUGGCUGCGAUCCAAGCAGUCCCCUGCAGUUCAUUUUGUCGUGCCUCUGAGUGGAACAAAGCCCCAGUGGCCCUGCUACGUUUAAGGUUCUUUUAAGUUGAAAGCCUGUGUAAUUUAGUUCAAACAUGCCUCUCAGUGAAUUAGCACCAACACGGGAGGAUCUUAGUUUGAAUAAAUUUUAUAUUCAUAGAUAUUUUUUUGUUAUUUGUUUUUUUUUUUUAAAUGGUACAACUGACACGGAGUCGACUAAGUUUAAACUGGGAUUUGCUCUCACAAUCUGUGGUCCUUUUAUAAUUUGGUGAAUUAAUGUCCGAUGCCUGAGAAUCAAAGUGCUUGUAUAUAGUGCAUCACUUAAUCACACAGCCUUUGUAAAGAUUUAGUUCCAGAACUAAUGUUUCCAAAAUAGUUCAGCAUUUUUCUCUUAAUAUACAACUUGACAUUUGUAGAGACAAGUACAGGUGAUUAUUUAUUUUUUAUUCCCUCGUCCCAUAUUUAUAAUUACAGGAAUGGGGAGCUUGUAAACUGUUGUGACUGAUGUUUGGACUAUUGGGCACUAGAUUUAAGUAAUCAUAUGAGCCCUUUUCACACAGAUAUGAUCUUCUUAGUGUUUACAAAAAAUAAAAACAAUGCACACGGCCCUCUGCUUCACACAUGCUCACUAGUUUGAUCCUGUGACUACCUUUGUUUAGUUAGACCAUCUCCCUUUUAUUCACCUUCUGUAACUUUUACACCGUUAAGCAACAAAACCUAAUAGGUUCCCACUUGGAAGGAACUGUGUGAAAAGGGCUGUAUAUACACUAAUCAGCCAUAACAUUAUAACCACGUAGCAAAGGGAAAGAAACAAAAUGCAGGCUCUUUUUCCUCCCAACUUUGCCCAAUGACAAAAUUUUCAGGGUCUUAUGUGGCUCAGUUGAAGACCCCACUCAUCAUCCUUAACGCACCUAAUGUUUAUAAAAACACGUAUUAGUGCAGACGUGGCAGUAAAAACACGCUGCACACAGUAUGGAGUGUAAAUAAGGUUCAGAAAUGUGCUGUGUAAGCGUGGACCGUUUGGAUCAUGAGCUUUUCAAUUCACACCUUAGUGGUCAUAACUGUACAGCUGAUUUGUGUUUUUUUUUUACGGACUUUGCAUUUCUAUAUCGCUGUUUAUUUAUUAGUGAGGAAAAAUACCCUUUCACUAAAAGCUGUGAUAAGUUUCUUUUUGGCUCUGCCUGGGCCGCCUGUCACACUGUUUUAGUGUUGCACUAAUUUCUCUGCCUGUCUCACUUAAGAUUCCCACAUUUUACACACAGAUUCAGAUGUUUUUGCCCAUUAGAUGAUUGUAUAUUAUUACAAGAAGCGCUUUUUUUCCUCUCAGGCUUUGAAAUUAAGUUUCAUCUUUGUCUUACGUGCACUAUGUCAUCAUUACAGAUUAAUAUUAUUACACUUGUUGAACUGAUAUUCAAAACUAAUUAGUCAACAAGACAGACCAAUAUUUACACAUUGACCGUUUUUUAUGUCUUUUAUGCUGCAUUACUUUUUGUAAUAGUUAGAAAUGCAAAAAAGUAUAUUUUUUCCACAUUUCCAUAUGAUUGUUUGCACCAUUAGCUGUUUCCAGUUAGCUCAUUUUAACAUGGUUUUAACAAUGCUACUAAUGCUAUAUGCAGCCAACAUGAGUGAUGUAUGAAGCAGCUGUUUAAAGUUGUUUUUAUUUUUCUCAUUUAACUGUAAGACAAGGUAAUGGAUGCAUGUAUUUAUUAAGAAUGGACUGUUUGGUUUUUAUUAUAAAAUGUGUAACUUUUGUUUAUACAAAAACUUAGAUACUUCCAACUGUUGCUUUUAAUGUUUGAAGGAUGUAUUUGCUUUAUCCUUUAAAGGCAAAAAAAAAAAAAAAACCUUUUCUUUUACUAUUUCGUAGUGUUCUGUUACAGCAAACGCAACGGGACCGUUUUUCUUUCCCACAGCUUUUUAAAACCUAAUUUAACUGAAGGGUUUGCUUUUUGCACUUUGGUUUCUGUCUUUGCUUUUUGCUGGUAGAACUGGGGAAAAAUGUUGACUGUAUGUUUAAGCCAGUAAAGAUUCAGUAUUCAGUAAAGUCUAUAUGAAUAUGUUUUAAUGCUGAUGUGAAAUCAUUUGCAACUUUUUCAAUGCUGUGUACAGAACAGUGAUGUUUAACACCUAGUUUUAAAAAAGGCAUUGAAAACAAUUGUUUCCAAUCUACCAUUAGCAAAAAAAGAAAUGAUCACUUAAUAAUGGUGAGGGUUAUUUCUUAAGGCAAAAUACAUCUAUUUUCAAUUUUUUUCAGUUAUGACAUUCUCAAGUUUGAAGUUUUAUUUCAGGCUCAGUUUUCAGUUCACAAAGUCAACCAAAUCCCCGACUUUGAUUUACGAAUGACUGCGGUUGAGUGUGUAAUAACUAUUUAAUGUACAGUUCAAUUUAAAAUCACAUAUCUACAAUAAAAUGCACAGCAUGUUGAGCCAGAUGAAGCAA